AUGUCGAUUCUGGAACUGCCUCAGGAGAUUCUCAGUCACAUCUUGGCGUGCCUCGAUGCCCGCUCUGUCGUUCGUUUUGGACGGACAUGCAAGGAAGCUGCUGACUUCGCCAGUCCGCGAAAUCAGCUUCUAUGGAAAGCCGUAUUCUUGCACUUGUUUGACGAUCCCUCUGAUGCUUGGGCCUUACCCCGAGACCAGGAUUCAUCGGUGGCUGAGCAAGAAUGGGAUUGGUAUCGGCAUUUAAAGUCGAGGCUCGUAGCUCUGCGCACACUUCAAACCCUCCAGAAUGGAAAUGAUGGCGUAGAGGACGAAAUUGAGGCUAUGCUCAGCAUCAUUGAUACCGCGAAGUUCUCUCCAUCCCCAAGUGACGUCAAACGGGGCAUAUUACCCUCCAUUGAUGACCGAGAUUCAUCUCUCAAUUUGAAGAUUCUCGCUGACGUGGACUACUCUUUUCGGCCUGGUAUCGAAGUUCUUAUUCACGAGUCCAGGGUGAAUGGAAAGAUAAAACCAUGCAGCGACGAGAGGAUGCGGGUUACACGCUCGAUGGCUGCUACAGCACAAUAUGAGAAUUGUCGUCCAGAAACCGCCGCUCGGCUUCACGUUCUUUAUGGCAUUACGAUCCGAGAGCGCAUCGCACACGAAGCCCGAGGAUUCGCCCGACGGAAGGUCUACAACUGGCAUCUCACCGGCCCAGACAACGAAUAUGGACCCUUCAAACGUGACGGUUCCGGUCACAUCGACUGGUUUUUGCUCGAAGCCAUCUGCUCGGUCAUCGGGCGGAAUUUCGAAUUCUGCGUCGAUGGCCAUUUGAACCUGCCCCAAGGAUUCUGCUAUUCAAUCCCCCAUCGCACUCUGGUAGAUCCUACAACACCCGAAGAUUGGGCACGUAUCACAGGUCCUUGGCUGGGCACAUACUCCUUCCUGGACUAUGCCGACCUCUUCGCUUUCAACGCGCUGGAAUUCCCCGACGGCGAACGCCCAACACUGGACCACGAAGACGAAGCUUGCGGCGACCUAAUGAGACUCGAACUCAAGUAUGACCAGUCGAUCUCGUCCGAUCAGCGCCUCCGCACGGACCUCCCAAUGUCCACGCACCUGCCACAGCUGUUCUUCUCAGGUCGUUCUAGAGCCAGCACUGGUCUCAACCGCCCCAUGAUUGGGGUCCGCGGCAGCGUCUGCCUUGUCCCCAGUGGCCGGGAGGCCAGAUGGCGCUUCAUCAUCAGCUAUGCCGGCCAAGACCAGUGGCAGCUGGAAGGCAUCCAGCCCGGCGGUGUCCGAUCUGGAGGUGUGUAUGGUUUGUGGUCGCAGUGCGAUCACGAAGAGCAUGGUCCAGUCGGCCCGUUCUGCUAUUUUCCAACCGAACUCUGUAAGCCGACCAGUAUCGUGCUCAAGUCUUGA